AACCCGUUUUCCUUGCCAGUCCUGAAUUUGACGUCGCUAAAAUUCACUUUUCAUUACCCAGUAAUUCAGAAUAAUUUACAAAUAUUUAGAACUAAUUAAGUCCUUAAUGAAUUUAUAGAUAUUGGACACUAAUGUUGUAUAAUCAUCCAGGAUACGUUGCCAUCAUGUUUCUGGAGGUCCCCCUUACAGUGGCAGUCAUCAUUCUGUUGAUGUGUUCCUUUUUCAAAAGACCUGUUGGAUUGCCUCCGGGUCGAUGGGGACUGCCACUGAUUGGAUACCUUCCUGUUAUGAACAAAAACUCCUUUGAAGACCAACUCAAGGAUCUGCAGAAGCAGCAUGGCGACAUCUACAUCUGGAGGAUAGGCUCGGAGAUUCUGCUGUUCCUUCACAGUUACACGUUAGCCAAAGAGGCUUUCAUGAGCAGUGAUUUCGUUAACAGACCGAAGUGGGAUCGGUUCACUCUUGCAGAAAAUAUACCGCUCGGCCUAUCCGUGAGCAACGGCUCCAUCUGGCACACCAACCGACGCUUCAGCCUCCGCCAGCUGAAAGACCUGGGCAUGGGAAAGUCCCGGAUGACACCGGCCAUUCACGACGAAGCGCGGGCACUCGUGCAUGCACUGAGGAAGCAGGCUGGCAGUGCCGGGCCCGUGCCGACGGCGCUGAGAGUGGCCAACCUCAACGUUAUUUGGGACAUUAUCGCCAGAAAAAAGUUUGCACUGGACGACCCCAAGAUCGGUCACCUCGGCCAGCUGUUCAACGACCUGAACGACGCCGCCCUUCGCCUGCAUCUACUCGACUUCUUCCCGAUGCUGAAGGGCCUGCCCGCGCCCGUCCUGCACCGCCACUUCCACCUGGGUGCCCUCGAGGAGUUCAAGGAGACAUUCCUACAGUUUUGUUAUGAAGAAAUAGACGAACACAAAGCAUCCCUGGACCCUUGCAAUCCAAGAGACCUGAUCGACGCCUACCUUCUGAAGAUGGCGGAAACGGCGGACGACGAUUUUCGAAACGAAAAGGACUUGGCUUUCCUAAUAAUGGAUUUGUUCAUUGCGGGGAGCGAACUCACCACCAUCGUCCUCAUCUUCAUGUUCUACUACCUGGCCAUGUUCCCGGAUGUGCAGCGAAAACUUCAGGGGGAAAUAGACAGCGUGUUACCAAAGGGCACGCUGGCUACUCCGGCUGACAGAACGAAACUGCCUUACGCCGAAGCAGUCAUUCACGAAGUCCUGCGUGUCUCGUCCCUCGACCCUAUAGGAGUCCAACGCUGCGCCGUCAAGGACACACAACUGGCUGGUUACACUAUCCCCGAGGGAACGGUCGUUAGCAUGGCUGUUGCCGCUAUCCACCACGACCCUCGGUACUGGGAUGAACCCGAGAAAUUCCUGCCAGAGCGCUGGAUCGGAGAGGACGGCAAAUUCACUGGCAGAAGUGCCUUUCUUCCUUUCGGUGUUGGCAAACGGAAUUGUCUGGGAGAGACUUUAGCCCGCAUGGAGCUCCUGAUCUUCUCGACGGCGGUGUAUCAGAGCCUCAGCAUAGUGCCACCACCUGGCACCCUCCUGGACCUCACGCCAGAUCCCAGCCAGCCUAUGAUUCAUAAUCCAAGGCCGCAAGACAUCUUUGUCACUAUUCGGCAGCUGCCAGCGUUUUGUCCUGGCAAUUUGAUACCAGGUGCCGCCACACAUAGCUGCAAGAUGAAGGAUUAA